AGGUGACACGCCCAGAGGAAGCCGCCCUUUGGCCAACGUCACAUUGUCAAAUAGUUGUUCUCAUACGACCUCUAUGUGCCAGGCGUGCGUUUCUCCAUGCCAGGGCUCAGCCUCCUGUCCCGCGAGUCAGAAGCCUCCGCGAGAAGCCUCGACGGGCCACCUGUACCCCACCCUGAAUACAGCCAGUCCAACCUACAUUUCCUUUAACGCCCUGGACGGCUCCGUGGCGUCGGCGGAGAGCAGGGCCGCGGGCAGCGCCGGCGGCGACGCGAAGUGCCACCGACCUUUGCUCUACCGGAAGCUAACGCCGUCUCCCUUGCCAGCGAAGGCAAAGGUGCUGGCCUCACUCUCCUCCAGCUGCUCCAGGAGGCGGCACCACAGGUCUUCCCACGCCGAGAUACACAGCAACAGCCUGUUAUCCCCCGCAAGGAGCCUGGCUGUGGUGUCCCAUGGGAAAGGGGGCGGCGAGGAGGCUUCCCGUGGAAUGAGGAGCCAAAUCUCCAGCGGCAGCAUCACGGCCUUCGUGAAGUGUGACCCGCAUCCUCACUCCAAGGGCGUGGAGAACAUUUCCGAAGAACACGCCUCAAAUGCUGUCGAGGAGAACUGCAGUCAAAGAGGAAGCCAAAACUGCGAGGAACUAGGGAAAGGACAAAGCAGUUUGGAAAACGUCUUCUUUAGCGAUUAA